AUGGGCCAGGUCAUUGAGUAUAUCCCGGACCGCCUGUACCUGGCCGCCUACAUCCACCCGCCCACGGCCGAGACCAUCUUCCCUUACGGCGAAGCUGCCCAGUCUUCACCUAGAAAGCGAUCACAGAGAGCCGCCGAAGGCCCAACACCCGUCCAGACCGCCGCCCGUCAAACACCUUACUACUUCACCGUCGACGAUACCCUCCUGUACAAUGCUUUCCACCACGACUUUGGCCCGCUCCAUAUUGGCCACCUGUACCGCUUCGCCCUGCAGUUCCAUGACGUCCUCGGUGCCAAGGAGAACAAGGAUCGCCCAAUCGUUUUCUGGAGCAGAGCCGACCCCAGAAGUCGCGCCAACGCUGCUUGCAUGCUCGCCUGUUACAUGGUCCUCAUUCAGAACUGGCCCCCGCACCUGGCCCUGGCCCCCAUCGCUCAAGUCGACCCACCUCUGAUGCCCUUCCGCGACGCUGGAUACUCCCAGGCCGACUACGGUAUCACCGUUCAAGAUGUUGUCUACGGCGUUUGGAAGGCCAAGGAGGAGGGCUGCUGCGCUCUCGACAACUUUGACCUUGACGAGUAUGAGAAGUUCGAGAGAGUGGAGCACGGAGAUUUCAACUGGAUCACGCCACACUUCCUGGCCUUUGCCUCGCCCCAACACACACCCGUUGCCAAAUUCCUCGAAGGCACUGAGGAGUUUGACGCGCUUCCCAAGUCGCUCGGCCAGCUCGAUGCCAACAACACGCUCCCCCAGCCCUUUAAGAACGUUCUGAAGCACUUCACCGAGAGAAACGUUGGCCUCGUUGUCCGUCUCAACUCGCCUCUGUACUCCCCGUCUUUCUUCGAGUCAAUGGGCAUCUCCCACCUCGACAUGAUCUUCGACGACGGCACCUGCCCGCCUCUCACCACUGUUCGCAAAUUCAUCAGACUGGCACACGAGACCAUCACCGUCAAGAAGAAGGGCAUCGCCGUCCACUGCAAAGCCGGCCUCGGAAGGACAGGCUGCCUCAUUGGUGCAUACCUCAUCUACCGUCACGGCUUCACAGCCAACGAGAUCAUUGCCUUUAUGCGCUUCAUGCGCCCGGGUAUGGUCGUCGGUCCCCAGCAGCACUGGCUUCACAUCAACCAGGGUAUCUUCCGUGAAUGGUGGAUCGAAGAGCGCAUCGAACGCAAGCUCCGCAAGGAGAUGGCCGCCAACGCCGCUGUUCCCAGCACCCCGAUCCGUGCCAUGCAGAAGACGUCGAUUCGUGCCGGCCAAGCAUCCACGCCCCCGCACAGAAGCACCUCGAACCGGACGCCGCUGAGCGAAGUCGACCAUGACCGCAAUAACAUUGGGGUUCAGGAAGACUACCUCCCGGCACCGACACCUGGCCAGCCGAGGAAGACCAACAGGGCAGAUCGCCACCACCCAUACCAAAGGUCAACUUCAUACACUGCAACAGUCGAGGAAGAAACGGGCAUCCACCAAGACGCCGAGACCAUUACGGUCCACAAGCAUUCUCACAGCGCCGAGUCGGAUGAAGAAAUUCACCUUCGCAUGCGCUCGCAACGGAAACCUUCGGCAUCGCCCGGUCGCAGUGAAAAGCGCUCAGUUAGUCACUCGGCUGCCGCUGUAUACCAGACGUACAUCGACAAUGAUGCCAGCAAUGACGUUGAGAAUCUCGGAACAUCACGCGUCAAGCAAGUGGAUAGAGUCAGCAGCGCAUCUGGUAUUCUCACCAAAGUUCGUGGCAGUAAGCGGUCGGGCGAGUCACCGAGGUCCAAGGAUGGAGUCCGCAAGACGAGCGGCCGUGUUGGCAGUGUGGGUACCUCCGCAACGUCAGCCACGGCGGCGUCGACGGCCCGCAAGGUCUCUGGUGCCUAG